GCUGAGGGUGUUGUAGCCGAAAGAAAAUGCAGUUUUGUAUAAGAAUUUCCAUCGAUUUAAUAAAAUAUCAUAUUUCUACUUUUCCUAUGAGGGAUUGUACUCAAAACCUCUAAGGUUAAUAUCAUCAUAAGAGUAGGAAAAUCAAAUCGGACGAAACCAUACUCAAGCUCCAAUUAACAUCAUUAGCUAAUCACAAAUGUAAUAAUUGCCAUGCAAUACAAAGCUAAUUGUGACGUAAUCAUGCGUGCGCUUCGUGCUGAGUCUGUGUUUUAAAAAAAGAGCUAAACAUGGCUGAGAGAUUGCGGCAAAAAUUCACGGAAUUAAAAGCUCGUUUGAAUGAGGCCGAAGCCAGGAGUGAGUGUUUUAAGGAGAGCUUAAAUGAAGUUAACAAAAGAAUCGAUAGCGCCGAAGCUACAGCGGCCAUGUUGCGGCAACAAGCCACAUCGACUGAGGCUGAAAUAAAGAGGAUAUCAUCUCGCUUGGAGAAUAUCGAAGGAGAGUUGUGGUCAACUGGCGAGAGUUUGAAAAGGAACGAACGAGCAAUGGACAAUCUAGCUCAAGAGGAAGAGCAAAUGAACGCAAAACAGAACACACUACACGAAAAACUGAAAACUGUAAAAGACACUGUGACUAUCAACGAAUCCAAGUUGAACGAAGCGUCUCGUCGAAUUAAAGUGGUUGAACUGCAGAAGAAGCUUGCAGAGAAACGUUGUGAGCGUUUGUCGGAGCUAGAAGGUCAGCUUAACGCCAGAUUAUUACAAGUUAACAAAACCAUGGAGGAGUUUCAGUCGAGUUCACGAAAGGGGAUGAGUGAAGAAGAAGAACAGGCCCUCAACCAAAAAAUUGAAGAUCUUAAAAGCAGCUACGUUGAGUCUGAAGCUAAAGCUGAUCUAGCGCAAAGAAAAAUAGCUGCGCUAAGUUGCAAACGUAACGCACUGGAGAGCGAACUUCAGGAAAUCAACGCAAAGAAAGAGUGGGCUAAAGAUGAAUUAAACAGGGUGUAUCACGACAUGGGUAUAUAACCACAUAGAAAGUAAGCAAGGUUUCCAGCACAUUUAACUUGAUGCCAGAUUUAAAUGAUCGUGGUAUGUCAGAUCGAAUAUUAACAAAAUUUCAUUUAGUCAGGGGUUUGCCGAGCUGAGACUACUCUCACGCAUUUUAACGUACUCUUAGAUGGUCGGUCAUGAAAAAUUCGCGCUACAAGGACACAGGAGUAUAAGAAAUAUACUGUACAUCUAAUAUUAAAAACCUCAAACACUACACCCCUAAAGAGUUGUUUUCGUAAUUGAUUGUUUUCGCUUUUUUUUUCCUUUUCUAAGAAGUAACUUAUUAACCCUUGUGGUAAUUCUCCCCUCUAACUGCUUCACAAUUCCUCGUAAAUUGCUUACGAGGAUUUGGUGUUUGGUGAAGGUAACAACUUCUACCUAAUAAGCUCGAGUAAACUCAUCAUCCGUUUGCCAGAUAACGUAUAGAUACUAUCAAUAGGGAAAGGGUAGGUGUUAAUAAUUUCUCGGAGUAUAGAGGUUGAAGAAGUAACCUACUAAAACAUAUCGGAGCGAGAUAAACACAGCUACGUCCAGACAUCAACG